AUGGCGGACUGGGCAGGACUGCCUCACGACCUUCUUGUUCUGAUUGCAAAGCGUGUUAAACUAAUAGAGGAUUUCAUUGCUUUAAGUGUCGUUUGUACCUCUUGGCAAACUGCUUCCCCUAAGGAUAAUCUCGACGUCCUCUCUCCCCAACUUCAUUUGCUAAUGCUGGCGGAUAAAGAUGAUGAUUAUCGAGAAUUUUACUCUCUUUCCAAGGGUAAAGUAUCGCGGAUAUUGUACCUCCCGGAGGCUAGAGGGCGAGCGUGUUUCCCAUCUGAGACAUGGCUUGUCACCAUGGCAUGUGACGGAGACGGAGAGUUAAACUUGUUGCAUCCUUUCUCCCGUAACCAAAUUCAACUUCCUUCCCAAAAAGCCUUAUGGGAUUUACAACCUGGUAUAGUCAAACUAUAUGAAGGCUAUCACAACAUCAGCAAAAGCUGUCUUGUCUGCCAAUCCUUCUCUUACAUCAGAUUAUGUUCUGGUGAUUUCAUAUAA